CCGACCAGGGAUCGGUACACCACUGGGGUGGAACGGCCCGUGCGCCGGCGCCAAGAGUUGGGGAUGCUGAUUCAAUCUGAAUAUUUUCCCCUGUCCUAUCUAAGUGAACGGCACCUUGGAGAGAGACCGGGAGGAGAAUCAGCACCAUGGCCAGCAACCCCCGGGGCGAGACGGGUGCGGCCGCAUUCCGCACGUGAAUGAACAAUUUGAAUUAAGCAGGAACAGCUGACACGAGUGCGGAAAGGAGAGGCGGCGUCUACAAAAGGAGCCGAAAAACGCAACCCGGGGCUCAUGACGGAGGAGGAGAGAUCCGGAGCCAGAGCACACGCAUAGGUUGACGAAACCUGGACGGAGCUAACUUACGGCGAGAGAGCCCAUGCACGCGGAGGAAACCCCCACGGACGAACCCUCAAAAGUCGCGGAUUCACCGGGUCGCCACAUAUGGUGGAGAAUGCGGGCACCCUGAUCCAAGCUACCACGAGAGAGAGGCCUGACCAAAAAGGGAAAAAUAAAUCCAGACCCGCCAGACCAUGGAGGAAGCGAUAAACGCCCUACUGCGCUCCCAAGGCGCCCUGCAGAAAGCCGUGGCAGAACUGUGCCAGAAGACGGGGCCAGGGACCCCCGCCAGAGGCCCCAAGGAGGUGCUACUAAAGCAAACGCCGGACGACGAGGUCGAGGCCUACCUGGAGACCUUUGAGCGGACGGCCCACUUAGAGAAAUGGCCCCCCGAAGCCUGGGGCUCCAUCCUGGCACCAUUCCUCAGUGGGGAGGCCCAGAAGGCUUACCGAGGCCUACCCCCGGCCGAGGCCCAUGUCUACCCCACCCUGAAGGCUACCAUCCUAGCCCAGUAUGGGUACAGCCUGCCAGCCCGGGCACAGAGGUUCCAUCAGUGGACCUACGACCCCGCCCUCCCGGCGAGGGCCCAGGUGAUGGCCCUGGGGCGGUUGACCAAGAGCUGGCUAGUGGAGGGCGACGGACCGGCCCUCCUCGACCGGGUGGUGCUGGACCGCUGUGCCCGGAGCCUGGCACCAGAACUCAAAAAAUACGUGGCCCAACAGGGGCCCCGGACCAUUGAUGGCCUCGUCAACCUCCUCGAGAACCACCAGGUGGCCCAGGAGAUGAUCCGAGCGACGAGAAUGGACAGCCCCCGAAGACCUCCAGCAGCGGUCCGACCGGAGCCGCGGACCAGACCCCAGUGGAAGGAGGACGCCCGGACGGAGAUGGGCCGGAGGAGGGAGAUGAGGCGGUGCUUCUCCUGCGGCCAGGAGGGCCAUCUAAGCCGGGACUGCCCCGGCAGGGAGGAGUCCAUGGCCACCGCUCCCGAGAGUGGCAGACCCUGCCACUACCUCACCACCUGCUGGGCCCACCAGGGCACGGCAGCCCCGAGACUACCCAUCAGGAUCGGGGGCCAAGACGCAGAGGCCCUGCUGGACUCCGGGAGCGCCAUAACGCUGGUGAGACCCACCCUAGCCGGAGAGAGUCGCAGUGAGACAAUCGCCGUCACCUGUAUACAUGGCGAUGUGCGGCACUACCCCACCGCUGAGGUAACAAUAACCACCCCUAGGGGGCAAUUCACAGGGAAGGUGGGCGUGGUGGAAAACUUGCCGGUGGCCGUGCUGUUGGGGCGAGAUUGCCCGCUGUUCCGGAGCUACUGGGAUGAGAGGCCUACACCGGGGAGGGCCGCUGCCAACCCCCCACCCCGCCGUCGGGGUCACCGAGGGCCACACCCGGUCUGGGUUGCCCCGUCUGGGGAGAGUGACGGAGAGGAGACCACCACCCCCGCCCGGAGACGACCCACCGCGCGACCCCACACGGGGACCACGGACACCGCCCAGGAGGGCCCGACCCCCCGGCCACCCCUGGGGCCCGAAUCCAGCAGCACCGGGGAAUUGUCGGAGUUCCAACCCGAGACAGAAAGGGCCCCAACCGAGUUUGGCGCCGCCCAACUACAAGACCCCAACCUUGCCCAGGCCUGGAAGGCUGCAGCAUAUAUCGAGGGCGUCCCACAAGACGGGGUGAGUAGACCGGCCCUACCCUAUUUCCAAGUACAGAAUGGCUUCCUGUAUCGUGUCUGCAGGAUCAACGAUGAGAAGGUGGAGCAGCUGCUGAUACCCCAGACGCACACCUCCAAGGUACUAUAUCUUGCCCACACCCACCUGUUGGGGGCGCACCUAGGGCGCGAGAAGACGCAGGAGCGGAUUAUGGCCCGCUUCUACUGGCCGGGCGUCAAGAGGGCUGUAGAGGACUACUGCCGGCAGUGUGCGACGUGCCAACUGCACAGCCCGAAGGUAACAUAUCGCAACCCCCUGAUACCCCUCCCCAUCAUAGAUGUGCCCUUUCGCAGGAUUGCCAUGGACAUAGUGGGACCCCUACCCAAGUCUAGCCGGGGCCACCGCUACAUCCUGGUGAUCCUAGACUACGCCACCCGAUACCCGGAGGCGGUGCCGUUACGGGCCGCGACAGGGAAAAGUGUCGCGAGAGAGCUUUUCCUGCUGUUUAGCCGGGUGGGGAUAGCAGAGGAGGUGCUGACUGACCAGGGGUCCUGCUUCAUGUCUGGGGUGAUGAAGGAAAUGUGCAAACUGCUACACAUCAACCAAAUGAGGACGUCAGUCUACCACCCCCAAACGGAUGGGCUGGUGGAACGGUUCAACAAGACCCUGAAGAUGAUGAUGAGGAAGAUGAUAACCACCGACGGUAAGGACUGGGAUCACCUACUGCCUUAUUUAAUGUUUGCCAUACGGGAGGUCCCCCAGGCAUCCACAGGAUACGCCCCCUUCGAGCUACUCUACGGGAGGCGGCCCCGAGGGCUCCUGGACCUCGCCAAGGAGGCCUGGGAACAGCAGCCGUCCAGACAGCGCUCCCUGGUGGAGCAUGUGGUUGACAUGGACCAACGGAUGGCGCGCAUCUGGCCGAUGGUCCGGGAGCACAUGACCCAGGCCCAGGCAGAGCAGGCCAGGCUGUACAACCGGAAUGCCCAGGUGCGUGAGUUCCAGCCCGGAGACAAGGUGAUGGUCCUGAUCCCCACGAGUGAAUGUAAGUUUCUGGCCAAAUGGCAUGGCCCCUACGAGGUGGUGGCCAAGGCGGGGCCCGUCAAUUACACCGUCCGACAAGUAGGGAGGAGACACACCCUCCAACGGUACCAUGUCAACCUGCUGAAAAAAUGGCAUGAACCUGUGCACGUCUCUGCUCACUCAUGUCUGACCACAGGGGGCGCCACCGGACCACCGGAGGUGACCACGGGAGACCAGUUGACGGAUAGACAGCGCCAAGAUCUCCGGGAGAUGACGGCAUCAAAGGCGGGCGACUAGGCGAGGAAGGACGGCUUCAGCGGCCAGGGCACCGCCGGGACAGAGC